AUGAAGGUUCAUAUUUUUGGAGCAGCAUCAUCUCCUGGAAUAGCAAAUUAUGCCUUAAAUAGAGCUGCAGAUGUGUAUGAAAACAAGUAUGGAUCUGAUGCAGCAGACAUUGUGAAAUACCAUUUUUAUGUAGAUGAUGAGUUAAUAUCGGUAUCCAGAGUUGAGGAAGGUGUUAAUCUCGCUAAGCAAACAAUAGAGCUGUGCAAGGAUGCUGGUUCAGAUGCCUUUCAAUUUAGUUCCUGUGUUCGAGAACGCCAUUCCACUCGUAGAGGUGUCUUAUCUAUGGUGAGCUCAAUUUUUUACCCUUUAGGGUUUGUUUCACCAUAUGUUUUGAAUGCCAAGAAGACACUGCAACACCUGUGUACCAAUAGAUCUGAUUGGGAUCAACCGUUUCCAACAAGUGUCGAGCAGAAGUAG